AAUGAAAAUUCAAUCUACAAAAAUAUAUUAAACUCUCAUAUUUUGGAUAUUCAAUCAGCUGGAUUGUUGAAUUUUUGGGCAGAGAGAGCAUUUUAUGAGCUUAUGGAGAUUGGAGAAAUUAACAAGUUGAAUUUUACCAGCGAAUUGAACUUAAGACCGCUAAAAGUUGAAGAUUUUAAAUGGAUUUGGAUAGCAACUGGAUUGGCGUUUACGGUCGGGACUUUUGUAUUCUUUGUAGAAGUUUGUGUUUUUAAAUUGAAAAAUAAAUAAAAUAUUAGCUUAAAGAAUCUUCUAAUGGAAAACAAUAUAAUAGUUAUGCAUUGUGGGAGUACCUAAUUUAGAAAUAACAGGCAAAAAUUGGUGUUUCAACACAAUUAAAUCAUUAAAUAACAUUUUAAAAGUUUAAAAUUGAUGAGUUUCUCAUUAUUUCGAAUAAUUCCAUCAACAGCCAUUAGUGACUCAAAAAGUUGACAGUGAAUGAAAUAUUGCACAAAAAAUCACAUAGUUUACUCUGUGGAGGUCUUCAAAUCAGAAGUUAAAAUUUUCGCGAUGAAUUAUUACGAAAUAAAAAUUAUUACCGCUUUAAUUGCAAUAAUAGCUGCUGAAUUUUCGCCAACUAACGCUAAUUUCAAUUCAAAAUUUCUAAGUUUUAUCGAAAAUCUCCACAAAAUCGAGCAAUUUGAAACUAUUUUUCUUCUAAAAUCAUCCAAGGAACCGUUUUUCAAUGAAAAUUUCAUAAAAAAUGUAACAAAUACAAUUGGUAUUCCAAUAAUUUUGUCAACUGCAAAUUCUUCAUACUACUUGAAAGAAAAAUUCAAUGAAAACUUAUUUCCAAUACUGCAAUUUGAUUCAAAUGUUGAAUAUCUUCGGCAACUUUUGGAAUAUCUUCAACAUCUUCGAUCAAGCAAGAUGAUUUUUGUAAUCAAGAAUUCUUCAAGAAAUUAUUUGGACUUGAAGAAUGUUUUUGAUUUCUGCUGGAUGAAUAGAAUAAUCAAUGUAAUAGCAGUUUUUCAAGAUUUUGAAACUUCUUCGGUCUAUUACAGCUACAGUAAUUUUGGAGAUUUCAGAAUUGAAGAAUUCAUUUGGAACAAGAAGAAAAUACAAGAUGUUUUUCCAAAUCGGAUGAAAGACCUUAAUGGUAUAACAUUGCCAAUACUUUUUGGUGGACCACAACCAGGAGUUAUCAUUUCAAAAAAUGCUAAUGGAGGUACUAAAAUUGGUGGCUAUGCAGGAAAUAUCUUCAAUACUUUCGCUAAAAGACACAAUGCAAGAUUAAACACUUCAUAUGUGAACACUUCACUUUCAGCUCGGGACAUUUUUGCGCUGGUUAAAUAUGGAAAAGUUGAGAUGUCGGGUGUGUUUCCCUUUGGCUUAUCACAUCCAAUUAGUUUUUGCUCGUACCCAGUUAUUAAUUUUGAUUGGUGUAUAAUGGUUCCAAUAGAACCAAAAAUUCCCAUCUAUAAAGUGUUUGUCUAUGUUUUUGAAUGGAAGCCCUUUCUUCUUACAAUUGUGGUAUUAAUUCUGCUGUCGAUAUUAGUUUCAAAAGCUGCAAAGUUCACAGGAACAUAUCAAAACUUCAAAAUUUACGAUUACUUCUUUAACAUUGAUUUUUUUCGUGGAAUACUUGGACAAUCCUUCUCUGAAACACCAAAUGCUUCUGGCACUACAAAAAUCAUCUAUUUGUUGAUAUUUUUACUUGGAAUCAUGAUUGUUACUUCAUACAAUGCAUUUCUUCAGUCUUUUAUGACUGAACUUCCUAGAGAAAAUAUAAUUAAAUCAUACGAAGAAUUGAAAUCAUUUAACUUAAAAAUCUAUAUUUAUGAAAUGGACUUUAAUGUUUUAUUAUAUUUAAGGCCUGAAUUAAAACAAUUUAAAAAUUCAUUUAAAAUUGAACCGAGUUUUGAAAUUUUCGAAAAUUUUCAAGACAAUCUAAAUACUAGGUAUGCCUAUCAAGUUAAUAGCCAUAAAUGGCAGAUUUAUAAAAAUCAACAAAAAUUUUUUGGUCAACAAUUGUUUCGUUGGUCUGAUGAAUUGUGUAUUUGGAAAAAUGCCUUAGCAGCGUUUCCAUUGAAUGAAAAUUCAAUCUACAAAAAUGCAUUAAAUUUUCAUAUUUUAGAACUGCAAUCAGCUGGAUUGAUGGAUUUUUGGAAAAAAAGAUCCUUUUAUGAGUUGAUGGCUAUUGGAAGAAUUCAAAAGUUAAAUUUUACCAACGAAGUUAAUCUGGAGCCGCUGAAAGUUGAAGAUUUGAAGAGAAUUUGGAUUAUGAUGGGACUGGCUUAUAUGGUUGGGACUUUGGUAUUUAUUGGAGAAAAUUGUUUAUUUAUAUUGAAAAAUAAGUAAAGUACCUAUUGAAAAACUC